CCUCCCUACUGUUGGCUGGGUGUUCAUCGGCAGGAAAUCACUUGACACAUCUGCAGCCAAAAUUGCUAAAGUAUGCUACAUUUAAUCCUUCCGUUUGAGAACUUGUUGUUUGAAGAGUCGUGUUUUGGCGCAGAGCAUGAGUCGGGUGAGUUUUCUGUAAGGACGAAUGAUCGUUGGUGAGCUGUAGGCCCUUCAGUGAUGCCUCGGACAGCCGUGAGCCGAUCAGAGCUCAGCUACACACAGAUGAAGAGAUCUUGACGCUGAGUUUAUGAGCUUCUGGAGAGAAAGAAGGGCAUCAUGCUUCCACCAUCAAGAAGGGAUUUUGUAUCUCUGACUCUGAGUGAAUGUGGCAGCUACACAAACGUCAGGCAGUGGCGGCAGCAGUCCUGCUGGAGGAAAUGGAAACAGCUGUCCAGAUUGCAGCGCAGCCUGAUCUUGUUUACACUGAUGCUUCUGUUGGUUUGUGGCAUAUCCACAUAUCCCACUCUUAUAGUACAUUGGAGAGAUGGCGCAGUAGGGGGGAAUGGGGACGUUGGAAAACAGCCAUUUGUUGUAGACCUGAAAAAUGAGUACAGGCCCUUUCUUCCCAUACUGCCCUCUGAGAAAAAGGGUAGGCGUGGACCACCCUCCUUGAAGAACCGUUUGCAAAGCAAAUCAAAUGUGUCGGGGUUGUUGGGAGAUGGAAAUGAUGGACCAGACCUGAAGAAUGUAGCAAAAGGAUCAGAAGGAGUGAAUGCAGUUAUAAGUUGGGGUGGAGCUGUGAUAGAAGAAGAACAGGGGUCUGACACUGACACCAAGGAGAAAGAAAACCAAGAAGUCCCAUCUUUAUUAGCACUUGCUGACAGCAGGCUGGAGGCUGUGAGAGAAGCAUUUAGACACGCCUGGAAGGGCUACAAGGAUUUUGCCUGGGGUCACGAUGAGCUCAAACCCAUCUCUAAAUCUUAUGGAGAGUGGUUUGGACUUGGGCUAACCCUAAUUGAUGCUCUGGACACUAUGUGGAUCUUGGGUCUAAAAGAGGAGUUUGCAGAGGCCAGGAAGUGGGUGGCCAAAGAACUCUCCUUCAAUAAAAGCGUGGAUGUUAAUCUGUUUGAGAGCACCAUUCGUAUCCUGGGUGGCCUGCUGAGCACUUAUCAUCUGACUGGAGACUCUGUGUUCCUGGAUAAAGCUACUGAUAUUGGCUCCAGACUGAUGCCUGCCUUCAAAACACCCUCUAAAAUCCCUUACUCUGAUGUGAACAUUGGGAAGGGGACCGCUCAUCCUCCGCGGUGGACUUCAGACAGCACUGUAGCUGAAGUCACCAGCAUUCAGAUGGAGUUCAGAGAGCUCAGUCGGCUCACAGGAGAUCCUCAAUACCAGCUGGCAGUGAUGGAGGUGAUGGAGCAGAUCCAUAAAUUGGAUGGGAAACAAGAUGGUUUAGUGCCUAUGUUUAUCAAUACCAAUAAUGGGCAGUUCACCCACCAGGGCAUCUACACGUUGGGGGCCAGGGCUGACAGCUACUAUGAAUACCUGCUGAAGCAAUGGAUUCAGGGAGGCAAGAAAGAGAAAGUAUUAUUGGAGGACUAUCUGCAGGCUGUGGAAGGGGUGAAGAAAAACUUGCUGAAGAAGUCCGUUCCUCUAGGACUCACAUUUGUAGGAGAGCUAUCCCAUGGAUACUUCAGUGCCAAGAUGGACCACUUGGUGUGUUUCCUGCCUGGCACGCUGGCACUUGGAGCACACCACGGUCUUCCUGCUGAUCACAUGGAGCUGGCACAACAGCUGAUGGAGACCUGCUACCAGAUGUAUGCCCAGAUGGAGACAGGCCUUAGUCCAGAGAUAGCUCACUUCAACAUGCAUGAAGGCAGCAAACAGGAUGUAGAUGUAAAGAUUGCAGACAGGCACAACCUUCUGAGGCCAGAGACUGUGGAGAGCCUCUUCUACUUGUACAGGUUUACCAAGGAUAAGAAGUACCAGCAGUGGGGCUGGGAGAUCUUGCAGAACUUCAAUAAAUACACAAGGGUUUCCACUGGAGGUUAUACAUCAAUAAACAACGUUCGUGACCCAGCCUAUCCCAGUCCCCGAGACAAAAUGGAGAGCUUCUUCCUGGGUGAGACGCUCAAAUACUUCUAUUUGCUGUUUUCAGAUGACCCCAGCCUUAUGAACCUAGACAAAUAUGUCUUCAACACUGAGGCCCAUCCCCUGCCAGUAUGGCCACAAACGGAGUAAUGGACCCAUAAGCUCACACACCUAACCAAACACACCUCUCAGGGCCGUGAAAAACUCAAAGAAUACUCUAUUCUUUUGAUAUCCAAACUGCCAUCUUUUUUUCUACACUAGGAACAAGCCUCUUUUCAUAAUUGUAAGACCCAUGAAGAAAAUCAAUAUGUAAAUGUGGAUGUCUACUUUUUGAAUAUAGAGUGAAUUAGUGGUCUGUUGUAUGUUUCUAUUAAUAGAUUUUCUGAUUUUGACUAGAUUUAUGCUUUAAAGGGAUGGUUCCUAAAAUAAAGUAAAAUUAAAAUUACUCAUAAUUUACUCAACCUCUUGUUGGUCCAUACCCAUAUUACUUUCUUUCAUUCAUGGAACACAAAAGGAAAUGUUAGACAUGAUGUUAGCCUCAGUCACCAUUCACUUUCAUUGCAUCUUUUUUCCAUUACAAUGAAAGUGAAUGGUGACUGAGGCUAAAAUCCUGCCUAACAUCUCAUUUUGUGUUCUACAAAAUAAAGUAAGUCAUAUGGUAUUGGAACUGUAUGGUGAGUAAAUGACAGGAUUUUCCUUUUAAGAAUCAUAAAACCAAUAUUUUCAGUGACCAAAAUACACACAGUGUCAGCUAUGUUGCCGGAAUCACAUUGCCUGAUUAUAAGGCACAGAUCUGCAGGUGAGAUGAUUACUGUGCAGGGAUGAUCUCUGCAUGAGAAGUACAAAUGAUGCUUUCGCUCAGCUGGGAUGGUGAAUUCGCCCACUUAAUCGGUGUGUGCAGUUUGCAGUCUCUCAGCCCACACACACAGAAAAAAAAACUUUAAUACUGUGAAACCUUAUGGGGACUGCAAGCACUUUAUGGUGCGUUUAGGAUUUUAAUAUACAUGUAUUUUUUAAUGAAAGAACUGCUGCUUUUUUUUUCUUUUUUUUUUCUUCAUGGUGUUUGGGAAGGGCAUUUACAGGGUCUUUCAUAAGUUUUUGCUGUUUUGCUUUUUACAUUUUCCUCGAGUCAAAGCUGUUUUCCAGAACAUAUGAUUAUCUACAAAAGCAUUUAGCACAUAUAUAAUUAUCAGACGGCAUUCAGAAUUCCCAAGUGGAAAUAAUUUUAACUUGUGAUCCAACAAAUCAGGCCCAUACAAGGGGGAAACAUGUAUUGUAUAUUCCUUAAUCAUAAGUGUUUUAUCAUUUUUAAUUUCUCUUUUGUUUCUGAGCCUAAAACCCCAACCUUGCUGUGAAGGAUUUUACUGUCAUUCCUGUCAAUAGAGAAAAUGUAGGUCUCAAAUUAGUUGUUUGUGAGGGUUUUUAAGCUUUUUUUUAUUAAAUAGGCAAAUAUCUACUUUUGAUCCUUAUGUUUUCUAGUGGGUGGUUGUUUGAAGCCAUAUUAUUAUCCCAGGUUUUUAUUUAGUUUGAUCCAAUGUUAUUUGAAUGGUUUUUGUUUUGUGGCAGAACUCGAAAUUCUUUAAUGGAGUGUUAAUCAAGCACAAUGUUAUUUAAAGAGUCGAUGUUAUGACUGAUGUACUUAUUUCAUUCUUUCAGGGGAACCUUUAUCAGAUGCGAUUGUCAGUAGUAUUUUCGUAUAUUUCAACAUAUGUAUGUCUUUUUUUUUUUUUUAGGGAUUUUAUAUUCAUAUGGCGGUUUUAUUUUUUUUUAUUGAAACUAGGUUUGUUGGAACUUGUUUCUAUAAAAUUCCAAAUAUUUUCUAAUGGGCUAAAAAGUGGAAUGUUUAAGUUAUUCAUUCUUUUCUGCUGCUUGUGGAUCAGUUUAUGUGGCUCAGAGCUUAAAUUUUGUGCUAGGAUGUCUUAAGGUUACUGAUAGCAGGUUAAGCAACCAUUUUUGUUUUAAACAAAGAAUACACUUAUUACUGUCUGUAUCAUGAUCACAGAUGUAGUAUGUGCAUUGUAUUUGAAAAGCAGUUUUGUUUCACUGUGCUGAAUAUUUUACUCAUUUUAGCCAGCCAGAGAUUUGUGUAGGCAGUGUGUGUACUACAGCCUUUGCUGAUAUUCAAAAAGGGCUGAGCAUUGAUUAACCAGUGUCGUUCUGUGGUGACGUGUUCUAUUCCAUGUGUGCCUUUGAAGAUACAGAGCAAUGAUGAGAAGUGUCCAUUUCAAUCUCAUGCCUGUUGUGAAGCAAUUCACAGUUUUGCUUCAUGUGAAUAAAAUACUUUUGUGAUGAAUUAUAAUAGAGUCUGUAAGGGUUAAAUAAACAUUUGUUAUCAAUAUGAUUUUAUUAUUUUUUUAUUUUUUUUUUUUGUAUCUUUCAUGUGAGAAAUUGAACAAAGCUAGACUGAAAUGAGAUUGUGUAUCCAAUUUCAAAUGAAGGGCUUUUCAUGACACUCUCAGUAGUGUAAAUCAUCAUCUGCCUCUUGCAUAGACAAAUCAACAUGGUUCUCAAUACACCAAAGAUGUGCCAAGAAUUUCAAGAAAUAGUCUGUAAUGGGAGUGACAACCCUAAGGAAAAUAAUGUGGUACAGUGGUGCAUAUUAUUCUUAAUGAAGGAUUUAGUCUCUAAAGAAUGAACGUAGUUGACUGUAAAAAAAAAAAAAAAAAAAAAAAAAGAUAUAUAUAUAUAUUUGACAUUUAAUGUACAAUAAUUCAACAAUUCUGGAAUCUUUUUAAUGUCCAUGUAUUUUCUGUGGAAAAUUGAUUUAUUCUAUAUUUGACAAGUUUACAAAGAUUAAAAUAAAUUGUAAAUAAAAGUAACUCAUGAUGA